GAUGGGCAAAGCACCGGGUUUAAACCCGGUGCUUUGGUAAAAACCCAAUAAACACCCAUAAACUCCCAUAAUCACCCAAAAAAAUAGGUUUUUACGUAUUUUUUUGAAAAUAUGUAAGUAAUACCAAUAAAUUAUUUUUAUAAAUUGUAUUGAUCAAUUCUACAAUAUUAAAUAAAACGUUAACUAAUAAUAUUUCAGGAAAUUUUAAAAAUCUAUAUAUAAUAAAAUGAAAGUAAUUAAUUUUCAGUGUUUUCAUGUUGCAGUUGAUCAACAUGUUGGCCUUUUGCUUCCCGUAGAUACUUUAAAAUUUCUUCAUAACACCUCGUUCGCACACAUGGCCGUAUAUAUUUAAAUUCUUGAGCCACUAACAGUCCGAAAUACUCAUUUCUUUUAUCCUCUUCUCCAUAAAUUAAGCAUUUAGAACAGUUUGUUUCUUCUUUCAGUAAAUUUUCUUUUACUUUAUCCUCGUUUUUUUCUUUGUUGCGACGACGCUGGGUAAAUCAUCUGGACACUGGGUCUCACUAUCGCCAAAUAUAUUUGGAGAUCGGCUUCGGCUACGGCUUGGCAGACAUUUUUUUCUUUCUACAAUUUUAAAUUAAAUUUAUUAGAAUAAAUGCUUCGAACACACGCGAUCUAAGUACCUUUUGUGUUUAUUAUACCUUACCUACCUAGGUAUAAAAAGAGUACUUACGUAGAUUUUCUUUUAUUAACUGUUUUAUACGAAGAUCUUGAUCUCUCAAAUUAGCAUCCAUUUUACUUCCAGUGAUUAUCAACUAAAUUAAUAAUCCACAAAGUAUUAAAUAACGUUUUUAUGAAAUAUUUAGCACAAAAACAAUACCCUUUAAAUAUCGAUCGUCAGUAACUGUGGCUGACUUACCUAUAUUCUAGCAAGCAGGACUGCCAGAUGUGAAGGGGAAAUCCCCAAUAAAUUGUUGCAUGUGACUGAUGAUGUGAGCAUGUUCGUUUCAUAAUAAAAAUGUUGCCAGGUAACCAAAAAGUCGUAUGUUUUUGUGCGAAUUACGAUCAUAAUCUUUACGAUCGUACAUUAAAAAAUAGACAAAUAAUAGUAUGAGUACGAUUUAAAUCGUAUAUCUGUCAACCCUGCUAGCAAGACAGCGACAAAAUCACGUUGCAUAACAAUGUAGCCCAAGCUUAUAUCUUAUGAAAUAUACGGAAGAGAUACGGACUUAGAAAAAACAGAAAUGUUGUUCUUUGUGGAAGUCAUUGAUGAAAUUCUAUGUAUUUUAGCCCGCAAACUUUCUUCAAACAAAAACAGCGCCAUCUAGUAUCGAGUUCUGUAAUUAUCUCUUUGUUUAUGGAUUUGAAGUAAGACCGCCACGCAUGCAAUACAUUAUGACUGGGGAUUCCCCUAUUCGUCGACGCUGAAUAUGAGGCGACGACAAUCACUGUCAAACGUGUUCACUAUUACUCUGACUCUGGUAACGUGACUUCCUGGUAACGUGUUAGGUAGGAAAAGCAGUAAAAAAGUGCAUAUUAAGGGAGCAGAUUUGAAAUAAUAUUUAUACUUAACAAGAAAUAAUUAAAGGUUCAAUGGGGAGACCUAAAGAUUUACGCAUAUGGGAGCACUACCGUACUUUACCAAACAAGUCUGUUUCUUGCAAGCUUUGUAAUAAGGUCUACAAAUUCAGUAAUGCUGCCAAAAUGCUUCAACAUCUUAUCACUUGUCCAAAAUCUCCAGAAACAUUAAAAGACUCUAUGAAACUUAUAAAAGAUAGCUCGUCCAAAACCAAAAUGUCUGGACUGUCAGAGAUAGAGACAAAUGAUUCUUUUAUAAGCCCCUCGUCGUCUGCUAACACUACAAUAAAUGCUGAGUUUCAAGACACCGAUGAUCAUAUAAAAACAGAAUUAGCGAGAGCUAUAUUUGUAACAGGGACGCCAUUAUCGAUGGUGCAACAUCCUUUAUGGAUACAAUUUUUCGAAAAAUUGCAACCAAAAUUUAAAAUACCUUCACGUAAAGCUUUAGCGACAAAAUACUUAGAUAAAAUAUAUAGAGAAAUGCGUUUUGAGUUAAAUGAGGAACUAAAUGCUUGUAGUUACUUACACCUUCAGUGCGAUGGCUGGUCUAAUUUAAGAAAUGAAGGAAUAAUAAACUUUCUUAUAUCAAAACCUCAACCUGCAUACGUUAAAAGUUUGAAUACAGAAAGUAAUCCUCACACUAGUGAAUACCUUAGCCAAGAAGUUGAAAAAGUAAUGAAAGUGUAUGGAGCAAAUAAGUUUCUUGUACUUAUUGGCGAUAACGCUAGAAAUAUACAAAAGGCAUUCGAAUUAACAAAACUCAAAUAUCCACAUGUUGUUCCUCUCGGUUGCUGUGCACAUAUCCUUAACUUGUUGUGCCAAGAUAUUGUAAAGAUACAAGAAGUAACUGUGUUUAUUAUGCAAGCCAUAAAUAUAAUAAAAACUGUUAAAAGGAGUCAACGAUUAAGUUCCUUGUUGAUAAAAUCAAGGCAGGGUGAAGAUUCUACACAAACACUAAAAUUGCCUUGUGCUACAAGAUGGGGAAGUCAUGUUACUUCGUUAAAAAGUUUGAAAGCAAAUAAGAUAGCUUUGCAAAUAUUAACAGUUAGAGAAGAUGUGGUAAUUUCAAGAGAUAUUAAAGAUUUAAUUCUAAGUGAUGAUUUCUGGACGAAGACAGGGGAAUGUAUAAGUAUUUUGGAACCAGUCACUGAAAGCAUAUUUUACUUAGAGAGCGACCAGAAUCGUUUGCAUCGCACAUACAUUACAUUUAGAGAUGUACAAGCUAAGAUACGUUUUGCAUUAAAUGAGAUUUCGACAUUGAGCGAAGAAAGCAAACAGCAGAUUCUAACAUCAGUAUCUUCAAGAUGCAAUAUGGCAAUGAGGCCAAUACAUUUUGCAGCAUAUAUUCUAGACCCCAGGACUCUAGGAGUCGAACUUACUCAAGAGGAAGAACUUAAGGGUAUGGAGUUUAUCUACAAUUUAAGCCAACACUUAAGUUUGUCAAAUGUAAUGGCAGAUUUGGCGUGUUAUAAAGCUAAAGAAAACUUUUGGGCCAGAGGAUUUGUAUGGAGCUCAUUAGAUAGCAUUGAGCCCCUAAUAUGGUGGAAAGGUAUUUGUGGUUCCACUGAGUUAAGCAAAGUAGCGAUUCGUAUUCUAUCAGCUCCCUGUACUUCGGCAGCCACUGAGCGUUCCUUUAGUAUCCAAGGCUACAUACAUAAUAACAAAAGAAAUCGACUUACAACUGAAAGAACUGAAAAAAUUUCAUUCAUUUGUUAUAACUGGAAUCUUAAACAUAAAGCUGAAUGCGAGGACAUUCAGUUUAAUGAAGAAAAUACCUUAGAAGCUUUCAUUGAGCAAGUAAAUGAACAUAACAGUUUAGACGAAAUAGAGCCUAUCGAACCUAUACAAUUCAUCGCUUGUAAUAACUCUGAAUCUGACAGUGAUUGACUGUAGUUUUACAUUUUACUUUCAUCUCUUUCUUAAUAAACUCAAAAUCAAAUUAAAAGUUUUUUAUUCUGUAGGCUGCAUAAUAAUAUUGUCUAUGUCCAGUAUAGUGGACGUCUUGCGGCUGAGAUGACGAUGAUGAAGUACAAAAUCAUAAACACCCAAAAAUUUGGGUGUUUAUGGGGUUUAAACCCAAUAAACCCAAAACACCCGGUUUUUACCCACCAGACUUUAAACCCACCCAGGUGGAUUGCCCA